AUGGAAACAGAAACCCAAACUCUUCCCCUGGAGAAUGCAUCCAUCCUUUCAGAGGGCUCCCUACAGGAAGGGCAUCGGUUAUGGAUUGGCAACUUGGACCCCAAAAUCACAGAAUACCACCUCCUGAAGCUCCUCCAGAAAUUUGGCAAAGUAAAGCAGUUUGACUUCCUCUUCCAUAAGUCAGGUGCUUUAGAGGGACAACCUCGGGGUUACUGUUUUGUUAACUUCGAAACUAAGCAGGAAGCAGAACAAGCCAUCCAGUGUCUCAAUGGCAAGCUGGCUCUAUCUAAGAAGCUGGUGGUGCGAUGGGCUCAUGCUCAAGUCAAGAGAUACGAUCAUAACAAAAAUGAUAAGAUCCUUCCGAUCAGUCUUGAGCCAUCCUCUAGCACCGAACCCACUCAAUCUAACCUAAGCGUCACUGCAAAGAUAAAAGCCAUUGAAGCAAAGCUGAAAAUGAUGGCAGAAAACCCUGACGCAGAAUAUCCAGCAGCACCUGUUUAUUCCUACUUUAAGCCAUCAGAUAAAAAAAGGACUACUCCUUACUCUAGAACAGCUUGGAAAUCUCGAAGAUGA